AUAUAUUUUUAAUCAUUUUUUUUUGUUUGAUUAAAAUAAUAAAAAAAAAAUGUUACCUUCUAAAAAGUUGAAUUUGUCAAAUUAUCAUACAAUCUUUGAUAGUCUAAUACCCAGAGAUAUAUUGAGUCAAGAUUAUGAAAGAGAUUAUUUGGCCCGACGCAAUUUAUUACAAGCGCGCGCUAUAAUUACUGUUAUUGUUUCAGCGAUGUUAACUUUAAUUAUUCAACUUGUUGUAGACCUUUACUUAUCCUACAAACACGUUAAAUUACUACAUAUUGCUUGGCCCUUUUCUUUCAUUGGAACUUUGAUUUGUGCAGGUUCAUUUUUAAUUUACUGCGUUAAUAAAUUCCCUUCGUCACGUGUCUAUAAAUUCCUAUUCUGUUUCUUAAUUAUAAUUUAGUGAUAUUAUAUUUUAUACCUUCGGGAAGAAUUACAAUAUCUCAAGCUGCAAAAGUUGGUA